AUGGGGAACUUGUUGGGCACUACGGAUGGCUCGAAAAACGAGGAAGAUCCCUCUCCUCCGGCAAAGAGACAAAAGACGGGCGAAAGCGACGCGUCGCAAGAGGCGGAAAAAGCGGCACAGUCCGGCUCAUCAGAACAGAAAUCGCCGGACAUUGAUGAGAGCUUCUACUCAAGACAGCUCUAUGUGCUUGGGCGUGACGCCAUGGCCCGCAUGGCCCAAUCGGACGUUCUCAUUUCGGGCAUGGGAGGCUUGGGCAUCGAAAUCGCCAAGAACAUCGUCCUCGCCGGCGUCAGGUCUGUCACCAUUCACGAUGAGGCGGCGUGCACUGCGGCAGACCUCUCGUCUCAGUAUUUCCUCAGUGAAGAUUCUGUAGGUCAAAACCGGGCAAGUGCAUCUGAGACAUCUCUGGCACAACUGAAUCAGUACGUCCAGGUGACAACUCAUAUGGAGCCGCUGACGAAUGAUUUCCUGAAAAAAUUCUCUGUUGUUGUGUUGACCGAAACCCCGCUCGAGGCUCAGCUGUCCAUGGCCACCUUCACCCACGAGAACGACAUCCCUCUCAUCGUAGCCGAUACCAGGGGCCUGGCAGGGCAAAUCUUCUGCGACUUUGGUGACACGUUCCGCGUGCUUGACCCCGACGGAGAGACACCGCGGGUGGUUAUGAUCAGUUCCAUCAGUGAGAAGGAUGGAGUGGUCCGAACCGUGGACAGAACACCGCAUGGUCUCGAGGACGGCACCUACAUCACGUUUUCCGAAGUCCGGGGCGCGACCGAGAUCAACGCCUGUCCACCCAUGCAGAUCAAGGUGUCGUGUCCACAUGAAUUCUCCGUUCAGCUUCCGAAGAACUACAGUGAUGAAGCAACAGGGGGCUUUGCAACCGAGGUUAAGAUGCCGAAGGACAUCAAGUUUAAACCCUUGAAGGAAUCCCUGGUGAACCCCGAGUUCAGCACAUGUGACUCGGCGAAUGCAAAUCGCGGCGCACAGUUGCAUUUGGGCUUCCAGGUUCUGCAUGCCUUUCAGGAGGCGCACCAGCGACUGCCACUUUCAUGGAACAUGACCGACGCAGCGGAAGUGGUACAGAUGGCCAAGGAGAAGAACGCACUGCAGACCAACCCUCUUAGCGAGGUUGACGAGAGGAUUAUCACGCUGCUGUGUUGUGUCUCAUCAGGCUCCUUGUGUCCAGUGCAGUCCGUCAUCGGCAGUGUCGCUGCCCAGGAAGUCAUGAAGGCGUGCAGUGGCAAGUUCACUCCCAUUCACCAAUGGUUUUACUUCGACGCCUUUGAAUGCCUCCCGCAGAAGGAAGCGGUUUCAGAGGUGUACGCCAACGCAAUGCUUACGCGGUACGACGCCCAAGCCCGUGUGUUUGGCUCUGACGUGGUGACCCGUUUGUUGGGGCAAAACUAUUUCGUGGUCGGAGCCGGAGCCGUCGGCUGUGAGUUGCUCAAGAAUUUCGCCAUGAUGGGUCUUGGAGCAGCCUGUGGCUCCAUCCAUGUAACGGAUAUGGACGUAGUUGAGAGGUCCAACCUUAACAGGCAAUUCCUUUUUCGGACCGAGGACAUUGGUCGUAUGAAAUCGACCGUCGCCGCGGAAGCUGUGGCGCGAAUGAAUCCGGAAAUCAACGUCAUUUCGCACGAAGACAGGGUUGGUCCAGAGACGGAGAGCGUCUUCAACGACAGCUUCUUCGAGGGCCUGAAUGGUGUGGCCAGCGCGCUUGACAACAUCGAAGGGCGUCACUACAUAGAUCGGCGUUGCGUGUACUACUGCAAGCCGCUAAUCGAUUCGGGCACCCUGGGCACCAAGGGCAACGUUCAGGUGGUUGUCCCGUUCCUGACCGAGUCCUACUCGUGCUCCCAGGAUCCACCCGAGACGGCUGUGGCCGUGUGCACCAUCAAGCACUUUCCCUACAGAAUAGAGCACACGCUGGAGUGGGCUCGUGAUGAGUUUGAAGGCCUCUUCAAGAUGAGCGCGGUGAAUGCUGUCAAGUAUUUGAAGGACUCCCGUUUUCUAUCCGAGGCACUGCAGACGCUGCCGCUCAACGAAAAGGUCGCUUUGCUCGAAUGUCUCACGAAGGUUCUCGUGGACGAACGGCCGACUGUCUUCGACGACUGCGUUGACUUCGCCAGGCAUCGCUUUCAGGAGCAGUACAACAGUGACAUCAAAAAGCUCCUGGAAUGUCAUCCCGAGGAUCAGCUCACCAAUACGGGUAUGCCGUUCUGGUCUGGAGUGAAGCGCUGCCCCCACCCCAUCGAUUUCGACCCUAGCAACACGCUGCACAUGGACUACAUCGUCGCCGUGGCAAACCUGCGGGCUGCCAUGUACGGCAUCCCGCAAAACACGGACCGCGAAGCAAUCGCGAGAAUGCUCGAAGACGUCGAGGUUCCAGUCUACGCGCCGCAGACAAACGACGACGCUGUAGCCAACGAUGACGCAUCCAUGCCACCUGAUGAUGAGCAGCGCUUGCGCUGGCUGCUGGAGAAGCUUCCAGAUCCCGGGGACCUCAACGGCUUGAACCUAACGGUGCUUGAGUUCCAGAAGGAUGAUGACUCCAAUUUUCACAUGGACUUCAUUGUCGCUGCUUCGAACUUGCGCGCCAACAACUACGACAUUGAGCCGGCCGACCGACUAGCCAGCAAGCUCGUCGCGGGCAGGAUCAUCCCUGCCAUUGCCACCACCACGUCUCUCGUGGCGGGGCUCGCCAGCCUCGAACUGUACAAGCUAGUUCAAGACCACGGAAGACCGGAGCUUUACAGGAACAGUUUUGUCAACUUGGCGUUGCCUUUCCUAGGUUUCUCAGAGCCCCUCCCACCUGUUAAAAAAAAGUUCCGAAACCGAGACUUCACUUUUUGGAACUGCAUCGAAAUCGAGGGAGAGUUAACUCUUGCGGCGCUUAUAGAUCAUUUCCGGCUCGUGCACGAAGUCGAAGUCGUUAGCCUCAUGGAAGGAGCCCGAACUCUAUUCGACGAUGGUACGCCCGAUUCUCAGAAUCGCAUGAACCUCGGCGUCAGUGAAAUCGCAGAGCUCGUGUCCAAGGCAAAAAUCGACAGUGGAAAGAGCGCCCUGAUGCUCCAAGUCAUAGCCAAGGACUUCAACAGCGGAGAGGAUGUUGAGGUGCCUGAAGUGCGAUACGUACUGCGUAGAUGA